AUGGCAUCAAUCCAAACAAAUUCCAGUGGGAAACUUGUCAUGAAGUUUACAUCUACCCCUUCACCAAACCCAUCACCCUCUGCACCUUCACCAAACCCACCACAGUCUACCCCUUCUCCUGAUCUAUCAAUGAGGUUUUCUCUACUCCCCCAUAGAUCUUCGUAUCUCUCUCCAGAACUUAAGAUUCAGUAUGAGCAAGUUUUCUUCAAAGAAAUCCCACAGACUCCUCAUUUUAGUCCACUUUCAAAACUCAAUGAUGAAAACAAAGAAGGAGUUAUGCUAGGGUGGGAUAUAUCCUUUCUUACGUUUGUUAGGAAACUUCAAAACUCUGCUGAUCCAUCGAUUUUUCUUUCUGAGCUAAAAACUUACACCGAUCAGUUGGCUGAAUUUGAAACAAUGGGAUAUGAAGUAUCUAAACUCAGAGAAAGGUUGCACGUUUUGAUUAGAAAAGCCAACAAACAUAUAAUGCUGAAACAUGCAGUUCAUGAAGCUGAAGAAGAAGAAAAGGAGAAAACAACAAAAGCUAAAUGUCAAGAGUGUCGUAUUCAGGACUUAGAAGAAGAUCUUAAAAAAGCUAGAAAAUUAUGGGAAUCACAAAAAUCAGACAUUCAGAAGACUAAUAUGAAGAAGAGGAAGUUUGUAGAAGAUGCAACCGAGAACGUUAGAGAGUUCAAGAAAUCUGCUAAAUCACCCUUAUAA